CGUCAUUGCAUAAUCGAGUAACUUGUAAUUAUUUUGUGCGUGUUAUGGUGGUAGAAACGUGCUGCGUUUAGUUUUGAACACUUAAAAUGUUACCAUGAAAAUUAAAAGACUAUAAAAGAAAAAAUCAUUUCAAGCCCAUGAUUAAAACGGGUUUCAGAAUUGUUCCAUCCUAUUUGAAUUGAACCUAUUUUUUAGUCUUAGUUAAACCGUAGUUUAACCUUUUAACCUUCAAAUAUGACCCAAAAUGAGUCACAGAUGUCUGCGGACAUUCUGAAAACGAGUCCAUUGUCGCCGAGUCCGACCAUUCCGAGCAAGGGAGGAGUGAGGCGAGGCACUCAGUCGGAGACACACGACAAGAAUCACAUCCGGAUUGGAAGCAAGACGACAGCAACUACCGCGAGCAUACAAGCACAGCAGGAGAAGAUUCUGGCGCUGCGUGAGCAGAAGAGAGGCCAGCUGGACCAGAAACACAACUACAUCAUAGAAGUGGUGGCCAGAAGUAUCGGCAUAGACUCCUCGGCGGCUGUGGACUUCCUGCUGGAAGGGAGCCAGAUAGACAAGAUGAACCACUUCUUCCAGGCCAAGGGACCCAAGGCACUCAUGUUCUUCUACCAGGAGGAGGUCACCCAGGAAAUAGACCAGGAAUCUAGGCGCAACAUUGUUGGCAAGUCUGCACUGAAGAGUCACAAGAAGAGACUGUUUGUGACAGAUGGGAAGGAUGUCCCGCUGAGGGGACUGUGCGCCUACUUUGUGAGGACCAACACUGCCAUUGCCAUCACACACGACAACAUCGCCGAUGUAACUUUUUUCAACAUGUUAGACCCAACCGAGUCAGGUGGAGUGUUAGGUGCCAUCAAGAAACAGUUCGAGGACAUCUACAUGCCAGCUCUGACCAGAAUGGACAAGGGAUGGGGGGAGUUAGCGGGAGAAGAGGGGGAGAAGGAGAGAUCGAAGUUCCUGAACGACAUCGAAAACUUCAUCGCGGUGUUAGAUUCAGCUUCUUCCAGCUCCAACACGAUCGAGCUAGCCCCCUGUACUACUUAUGACCUGAGUAAUCUGAAGACUGCCAAUGACUUCUACAAUGUGGCCAACAGCUUCGAGAGUAUGGAAAAGAUAGAAGCAUGUAUGGCCAUAUGGAUCAAACAAAUCGCACAGGUGUUGGCGGAGAGUGAGCAGAUGCGACGGGAGAGUGACAACAUCGGACCCCGCGCGGAACUGCAGUACUGGAAGGACAGGAUGGCCAAGUUCUCCUCCCUCAUAGACCAGAUCAAGGGCGCCAACGUCAAAACAGUUCUCGUGUGUCUACAAGUGGCAAAAAGUAAUACAUUGAAGCAUUGGAGGGAGUUGGACAGCAAGAUCACCACUCUGGCCAAUGAGGCCAAAGACAACGUCAAGUACCUCUACACUCUCGACAAGUACUGCGACCCACUCUACAGCAGCGACCCAGUCUCAAUGGUGGAUGCAAUCCCAGGACUGAUCAAUGCAAUCAGGAUGAUCUACACCAUCAGCCAGUUCUACAACACCUCGGAGCGAAUGACGUCACUCUUCAUCAAAGUGACCAAUCAGAUGAUCACAGCAUGUAAGAGUUACAUAACAGUCGGAGGAACGGAGACAAUUUGGAGCCAAGAAAGGGAAGUUUUGAUUAAGAAACUUCAAGUGAGUGUCGACUUAAACGCCGAGUAUCAGCGGCAGUUCAAACUCGCCAAGAAACGACUCGAAGAAAUGCAGGAAGAGAAAAAAUUCGAGUUCUCUGAAAUGUAUGUUUUCGGGAAAUUUGACACCUUCGUGCGACGUGUGAACAAAAUCAUGGAAAUGUUUGAAAUCAUUAAGAACUUCGAGAAUCUAGGCGACGCAAAAAUUGAGGGGUUGGAAGCGGCUUCGACUCGAAUUCAAGCUAUGAUUUCGGAAAUGAAGGGCAAAAAGUACGACUUUUUGGACGCAAGAAGGCCCGACUUUGACAAUGAUUUCGAAGAAAUGAAACGAAAGACGGGAAAACUGCAGGACGAGAUUCGCAAACUCAUGUUGGAUAUUUUUGAGAGAGGUUUACAUACACAUAACGCAUUGAAGAUUGCCGAAAAAUUUGAGAAGUUGAACCUCCCCGACCUCGGAGUCUCCGAUGUGUACUACAAGAUACUACAACAGUACGGCCGGGAAGUGGAGAAUGUGAACAAAAUAUACACCAAGCAGAAAACAGACCCUCCACUAAACAACAACUACCCUCCAAUUGCAGGCAAGAUCACGUGGUCGCGCAUUCUGUUCGAGAGGAUCAAUGGGCCCAUUUGGGAGCUGCAGGAGAAGGCGCCCGCUUUGAUGGAGUCGGCGGAAGGGAAGAAGCACAUCAAAGUGUACAACAGACUGGCCAAAUGUCUGCUGGAGUACGAGAUGCUUCACUACACAGCAUGGGUCAAACAGAUUGAUCUAAUCCAGUCUGGGAUCCAGUCGACGAUUCUGGUGAGGGACAAGGAGACCCCGGCAGACAUCCACGUCAACUUCGACCCAGAGAUAUUCACACUCAUCAGAGAGGCUGACUUGAUGAUCAAGAUGGACCUGGAGGUGCCUGAGAAGGCGCAGAUGCUGCUGAGGAAACAGUACUACUAUCUCGAUCUGUUCACUCAAGUCGAACACAUGCUCACCAGAAAUGCGGACUUAAGACAGAGAAUCCCUCCGAUUCUGAGGAACCUGUACGCACCCCACUUGGCGGCAGUGGACAGGGUCAUCCAACCUGGAUUCAUCAAACUCACCUGGACUUCCGUCAACGUCCCAGAGUACCUCAAGAGGGUACAUACACAAUUAGACAAAGUGGAGUUGCUGCUGACUAGAUGCAAGGACAUCAUAGACCACAGGAUAGAGGGAGUGUUGAAGGAGAUGAUGAUGGUGCCUCUAAUUGAACUGCCUGGCGAACAGGAGGAGUCCGCCUCCAUAGACCAGUUCACCAGCAGGACUAUGCUGUUGUGUGCAAAGGGCACUCACAUUCUGCAGACGAAAAGUAAGCUAGCAGAAGACAGUGUGCAGGAGCUGAUCAACCUCAUCAUGAACUACCGUGACCCCAAUCUGAACAGUGGGGAUGACUCAGACGCGGAUGAGGAAAAGGAUGAUGAACAGUAUGAUGACGAUUUCGAGGGCGAAGACGAACUGCAACGGAGUCGUGGUUCAAUUAAAAAGGGAUCCAACUCGGCCACUCCUGUCCAGAGGAAGAAAUCCUCUGCAGUGUCUGGCAAGAUGCCGCCGGAACAGCAGGCCUUCUCCAAGAAUGUGCAGAGCAAACUGGCCAAGAAGAAGAAGGAAUACCAACAGCAGUUGGAGGACGAAGCCUUGGAGUUGAUCACUCAGUUCGAACACAAACACGUGGAAGCUCUGGUAAAACUGAUCAAAAUAUCCCUGGACCAGAUCAAGAAACGCCUGACAUCUGGCGUCUCGGCCACCUACACAUUACACGCACCAUCCAGCAUGUCAUCUUCAGGAUUCGCAGGCCAUGCAGGAUCCCACGGGGGUCAGCAGCCUUUCUUCAGGAGUGACGUGGUGCUGCAGAUCCCGAGCAUCAUGAUGAUGCCGACGUUAGAGGACGUCCAGAGCAGUGUGAACAGUUCAGUGCAGACUAUUCUGAGCGUGUGCAAGGGAGUGCCACAGUGGUCCAAGUCCAGAAAAACGCCAAAACAACAGGAACAAGAACGGAUCGCCACUGCAGCUGCUAAAUCUAGUGCCGACCAUGGAGACGCAGGAAUCGACGAAGAAGUGUCCUCCAAACUUGCCACAGGGAAGCUGUCCCGCCGAAACAGCACAACCAGUGUACAUAGUCACGCGAGUGGGGAAAAUAUGAGUGUGGCUAACUCAUGGAUAUUCAAUAAGACUAUUGAUGUCGGAGGAGAGCAGAUUCAGAUCCAGCAGGCGCCCAAAAACUACUUCAGGAAUGUGGCCGAGAUGAAUAAAGACGUGGUCAAACUGGUGUCUCAUUUGCAGACUGCUGUCAGCAGCAACAAGAAAGAGGUGCAGGGAGCUCUGGAGGCGUUCCAUGAGUUCAAGAAUUUGUGGGAAGUGGACAGGACUGAGGAGUUGGAGAGAUUCGUGCAACAGGAACCCAGUCUGCAGGACUUCAACCUGGAGAUCAUCAAGUACAGGAAUCUAGAGGAGAAUGUGAACGACAUCCCACACUCGGUCCCAGCCGGACCCAUCAACCUCAUGACAGAAAAAUUGAAGCUGGCCAUCAAGGUCGAAAACAAAAAGUGGAUCGACGAACUGGCUCACCACUGCAACGUGCAGUUCCGAAAAGAGAUGGACUCGAUUGUGGCCUUCAUCGAAGACCAGAACAAGAAACUGGGCAGGGAGAUCAAGGAUCUGGACGAUAUCCGGUUCGCCAUGGACUCCUUGAGAGACAUACGGGAGAAUGAGAUCCGAAUUGACAUGAUGAUCACGCCUGUGGAGGAAUGCUACGCGAUGUUGCAACGCUACGAGAUCCCAGUGGCUAAGGAAGAGUUAGAUCGAACGGACUCUCUGAACUUCUCGUGGAAGACACUGCGAGAGAAGGCGUUCCAGAUGCAGUGCCACUUGACAGAGAUACAGCCCAACUUCAAGGGCAAUCUGCAAGACCGAGUACAGGAGUUUGCGGUAGAGACGGAUCAGUUCUACGGGGACUACGAGCAGAAAGGACCCCUCAGUCCCGACAAGAUGACAGACCCCAGGGAGGCAGCAACAGCCAUGCACAUAUUCCAGAACCGAUUCGACGCACUGAAGCGAUCGUACGAGACAUACCACAGAGGCGAACAGCUAUUCGGCCUACCCCAGACUGAAUUCCCCAGACUAAUGGCGAUAGAGAAAGAACUGAAGCUGCUCAGUCGUCUCUACACCCUCUACGAGAGUGUAAUGGAUUGCAUCGAUAAAUACAAGGAGAAACUCUGGGCUGAUUUGAAUGUGGAGGAGUUCGGAGCGGAACUGACUGAGUUCCAAAACAGGUGUCGCAAACUUCCUAAGGGUCUCAAAGACUACGCGGCAUUUGACGAGUUGAAGCGGAAACUAGACGAAUUUUCCGAACUGGUUCCCCUGUUGGAACAGAUGGCGAACAAGGCCAUGCAGAGACGUCAUUGGGACAGGAUCUCCCAACUGGUGGGAAGGGAGCUGGAUUACGAGAGCGACCAGUUCAGCAUGAAGAGCAUCCUCGAGUGCGAUCUCUACAAGCACAGAGAAGAUAUUGAGGACAUCUGCAUCUCGGCCAACAAGGAGAAGGACAUAGAGGCCAAACUGAAGGCGGUGGAGGUGGAGUGGAACACACAUGUAUUCACAUUCGCCCAGUUCAAGAGCAGAGGGAACUUGUUGUUGCGUGGAGACAACAUACAGACUGUGAACACAGCUCUCGAGGACUCCCUCAUGGUGCUCAGCUCACUCAUGGGAAACAGGUACAACGUGCCCUUUAAGAAGAAGAUCCAGCAGUGGGUCACUGACCUCUCAAACACCCAGGAGAUCCUGGAGAACUGGAUGAUAGUGCAGAACCUGUGGGUCUACCUGGAGGCAGUAUUCGUGGGGGGAGACAUCGCCAAACAGCUCCCACAGGAGGCCAAGAGAUUCACGAACAUAGACAAGUCGUGGGUUAAGAUAAUGACUAAGGCGCAGGAGACGACGAAUGUGAAGCAGUGUUGCACUUCUGAUGACACCUGCAAAGAUAUGUUGCCACACUUGAAGGACCAACUGGAGAUAUGCCAGAAGUCACUCACUGGUUACCUGGAGAAGAAGCGUCUGCUGUUCCCGCGUUUCUUCUUCGUGUCUGACCCUGCCCUGUUAGAGAUAUUGGGUCAAGCGAGUGACCCCCAUACUAUCCAGAACCACCUGUUGUCUAUCUUUGACAACACCAAGAAGGUCAAGUUCCACGACAAGAACAGAGACGUCAUCCUCAAAAUCAUAUCUUCCGAAGGGGAGGAGAUAGAACUGGAGAAGCCGGUGAAGUGUGAGAAUACAGUGGAGCACUGGCUGACCACUCUGCUGAACAUGGCACAGAAGAGUCUCCACGGGGUCAUCAGGGCAGCCUCUGUCGUCAUCAACGACUCCAGCUUCAACUUUAUCGAGUUCCUCGACAACUACCCCGCACAGAUUGGCCUACUGGGUAUCCAGUUGCUGUGGACGCGAGACGCUACUGACGCGCUGGCUAACACCAAGUACGAUCGGACUAUUAUGAAGAAGACGAACGACAAGUUCUUGGAGAUGCUGAACACUCUCAUCCACCAGACUACUAAGGACUUGGAGAGUGUGUGGAAGUUCGAGAGGAGGAAGUACGAGACACUCAUCACUAUCCACGUACACCAGAGGGACAUUUUUAACGAACUCGUGGCGAUGAGGAUCCGGUCUCCGUCUGACUUCGAGUGGCUGAAGCAGUGCAGAUUCUACUUCGUGGAGGACAUAGACAAGUUGGAGAUCCGAAUCACUGACGUCAUGUUCCUCUACCAGAACGAGUUCGUCGGCUGCACAGAGAGACUUGUAAUCACUCCACUCACAGAUAGAUGUUACAUUACCCUGGCUCAAGCCCUUGGCAUGUCCAUGGGAGGUGCCCCAGCUGGGCCCGCUGGAACCGGCAAAACCGAGACCACCAAAGACAUGGGACGAUGUCUGGGCAAAUACGUGGUCGUGUUCAACUGCUCUGACCAGAUGGACUUCCGAGGACUUGGUAGGAUCUACAAGGGUCUGGCUCAGUCUGGAUCCUGGGGGUGUUUUGAUGAAUUCAACAGAAUUGAGUUGCCGGUGUUGUCUGUGGCGGCUCAGCAGAUUGCGAUUGUGCUGAAUUGUAAGAAGGAAAAGAAGAAGCAGUUCAUCUUCUCAGAUGGAGACACUGUGGAUAUGAAUCCAGAGUUUGGAAUCUUCCUUACAAUGAACCCUGGUUAUGCUGGACGUCAAGAGCUUCCUGAAAAUCUGAAGAUCAUGUUCCGUACAGUGGCCAUGAUGGUUCCAGACAGAGCCAUCAUUAUUCGAGUCAAACUCGCCAGCUGCGGAUUCCUCGAAAACAUCGAACUUUCGAGAAAAUUCUACACAUUAUACAAACUAUGCGAGGAGCAGUUGUCCAAGCAAGUGCACUACGAUUUUGGAUUGAGAAACAUUCUGUCGGUUCUGAGAACCCUCGGAUCCGAGAAGCGAAAGAGUCCGAAUGACCCCGAGAACAAAACUGUGAUGCGAGUCCUUCGAGACAUGAACUUGUCCAAACUGAUAGACGAAGAUGAAGGUCUUUUCCAGUCUCUAAUCGACGACUUGUUCCCCGGAAUGGUCCUCGACAAAAAGGGAUACCCAGACCUGGAACGAACGAUUGACAACAUUGUCAACAAUGCCGGAAAUCUGGUCAAUCAUAAAGAUUGGAACCUGAAGAUAAUUCAGCUGUUCGAGACUCAAAGGGUGCGUUGGGGAAUUAUGGCUCUUGGUCCAACAGGCGCGGGUAAAACAACUUGUAUCAACACUCUGCUAAAAUCCUUCACAGAACAAGGUGUUCCACACAAGGAAAUGAGGAUGAACCCCAAAGCUAUCACAGCUCCUCAAAUGUUUGGAAGACUGGACGUGGCGACUAAUGAUUGGACAGAUGGGAUCUUCUCGACUUUGUGGAGGAAGACACAUAAAGCAAGAGAGAAUGAGCAUAUUUGGCUGAUACUAGAUGGACCAGUUGAUGCAAUCUGGAUUGAGAACUUGAACUCCGUCCUGGACGAUAAUCGAACCCUCACCCUAGCGAACGGAGAUCGAAUCCCGAUGGCUGCCAACUGCAAGGUCAUCUUUGAGCCCGACAACAUCGACAACGCAUCUCCCGCUACCGUCUCUCGAAACGGAAUGGUAUUCAUGUCCAGUUCCGUUCUUAGCUGGGACCCGAUUCUUUCCGGGUGGCUCCGCGAUCGGAAACGAGAAGAGGGCGACAUGAUCAAAACCCUGUUCGCUAAUUCGUUCCAAGUCAUCUAUGACUUCAGCGUGCAAAACUUGACGUACAAAAUGUCAGUCCUCGAAUGCAUGGUAGUUAAGCAGAUGAUUCGUCUGAUGGAAGGUUUGAUUCCAGUAAGGGAAGAACGCGAGGCUCCAACAAGCGGUCGGCAGUUCUUGGAACCACUUUACACCUACUGCAUUAUGUGGGGAAUUGGAGCUUUCCUAGAAUGGGACGAUAGACGAAAAUUAGAGGAAUUCAUGCGAACAUCAAAGGAACUUCCUCAGAAGCUCAAUAUGCCGAAUGUAGAAAACACCGAACUGGACACAAUGUUUGACUAUUACGUCACAAAUGAAGGCGAGUGGAGACAUUGGAAGACCCAAGUUGAGGAGUACAAUUAUCCAACUGAUCACACGCCCGAUUUCAACUCCAUCCUGGUUCCCAACGUCGACAACGUACGAACUGAUGCUCUCAUUUCGACCAUAGGAAAACAGAACCGACCAGUUCUGCUAAUCGGUGAGCAAGGAACCGCCAAGACAGUCAUGAUAAAAGGGAAUAUGAACAAAAACGACCUUGAGAAACACAUGAACAAGAGUCUGAAUUUCUCUAGUGCAACGACGCCGUACAUGUUCCAAAGGACCAUUGAGAGUUACAUUGACAAGCGGAUGGGCAGCACUUUUGGACCCCCGGCGGGAAAGAAAAUGACGGUGUUUAUUGACGACAUCAACAUGCCUGUCAUUAACGAGUGGGGUGAUCAGGUGACCAACGAGAUAGUGCGACAGACUAUCGAAAUGAGUGGGUUUUAUAACCUGGACAAACCAGGCGACUUCACAACCAUAGUGGACAUGCAGUUCACAGCUGCCAUGAUCCACCCUGGCGGAGGCCGAAACGACAUCCCAAUGCGACUCAAGAGACAGUUCUGCAUCUUCAACUGCACUCUGCCGUCUGAGUCUUCGAUAGAGAUGAUCUUCAGGAAGAUCGGCUGUGGACACUAUUGUCCACAGAGGGGAUUCAAGGCAGACGUGAUUGGACUGGUGGACAAGUUGGUCCCAUUGACUACCAAGGUGUGGCAGAAGGUGAAGAAAGUGAUGCUGCCAACGCCUGCCAAGUUCCACUACAUCUUCAACCUCAGAGAUCUCUCCCGCAUCUGGCAGGGCAUGAUUAAUACCGGCAGCGAAGUGGUCAAGGACGAGAAACUCCUACUCGGACUGUGGAGACACGAGUGCCAAAGGGUCAUCUCUGACAGGUUCACCGACGAGAAGGAUUUCAAACUGUUCAAUGAUAUCGUCUUCCGAGAGACACGCGAUACACUCGGGGAGGACUACAAAGCCAUUCUACAAGAGGGCGAACUAUACUUCAUCGAUUUCCUCCGAGAUGCUCCCGAGCCCACUGGCGAGGAGCCAGAGGACUUCGAUUUCGACGCACCCAAAAUCUACGAACCCAUAGUCGAUUUCGAAUCUUUGAGGGAGCGACUGAAAACGUACAUGGUUCAGUACAACGAGCAGAUCAGAGGCGGUAAUUUGGACCUGGUAUUCUUCAAGGAUGCGAUGGUCCACUUGAUGAGGAUCUCGAGAGUCAUCAGGACUCCACAAGGAAACUCACUCCUAGUCGGAGUGGGAGGAUCCGGCAAACAGUCAUUGACCAGAUUGGCCUCAUUUAUAGCUGGUUAUAACACGUUCCAGAUUACCCUGACAAGGGCCUACAACGUGACCAACCUAAUGGAAGACCUCAAAGCUCAAUACAGGGUUACUGGAGGCCAAGGUCAGGGACUUUCAUUCAUGUUCACCGACCAGGAGAUCAAAGACGAGGCAUUCCUCGAGUACUUCAACAACAUUCUCUCCUCAGGGGAGGUGGCAAACUUGUUCGCCAGAGACGAGAUAGACGAGAUCUGCAACGACUUGAUUCCAAUCAUGAAAAAAGAGUUCCCGAAGCGGGCUCCCACUCCUGAGAACUUGUACGAGUACUUCAUAUCGAGGGCUAGGAAGAAUUUGCACAUUGUACUGUGCUUUUCACCGGUGGGCGAAAAGUUUCGCAGUCGCUCUCUCAAGUUCCCCGGACUCAUAUCUGGAUGCACAAUCGACUGGUUCCAGAGGUGGCCCAGAGAUGCGCUGGUGGCAGUGUCCCGACACUUCAUUCAGGACUACGACAUAAAGUGUGAACUGAAUGUGAAAAACGAGCUGAUUGAGUUCAUGGGAUCCCUGCACGAUGCAGUGGCUAUACUCUGCACCGAAUACUUCCACAGGUUCCGACGAACAACUCAUGUGACCCCCAAAUCUUACCUCUCAUUUUUGGGAGGAUACAAAGACGUGUACAAGAAGCAGUUGAUAGAAAUUGACAACAACGCUAAGAAAAUGACAACCGGUUUAGACAAACUUGUCGAGGCCGAGAAACAAGUGGAUGCUUUGAGUCGUGAGUUAGUCGUUAAAGAAAAAGACCUCGAAGUCGCAAACAAAGAAGCCGAUGUAGUUUUGGCCAAGGUCAAGGCUAAGGCAACGUCAGCCGAACAGAUCAAAGCUGCUGUCAAAAUUGACGCCGACAAGGCUCGUGAAAUGACUCAAGUCAUUGAGGAGAAAACAGCGAUUGCCCAGAAGAAACUGGAAGCAGCUAAGCCAGCUCUUCAAGCGGCUGAGGAUGCUCUUAAGACAAUCAAGGCUAGUGACAUCGCUACUGUCAAGAAACUGGGAACCCCUCCAUUCCUGAUCAAGCUCAUCAUGGACUGUGUAUGCAUUCUCUUCGAGCGCAAACUGGACCCCGUCAGCAUUGAAACGACUCAACAAGACCCAAUUCUCAAGCCCUCGUGGCAGGAGAGUUUGAAACUCAUGGGAGAUCCCGCCUUGUUGAAAAAACUUCAAGAGUUCGACAAGGACAAAGUAAAUGAAGAAAUGAUUGAACUUUUGAAUCCUUACUUCGAAUACAAAGAUUUCACUCACGAUCGAGCUGUUGCUGUAUGUGGUAACGUUGCAGGAUUACUUGACUGGACUAAAGCUAUGGCUUCGUUUUAUAUAGUGAACAAAGAAGUCAUUCCUCUCAAGGACAAUUUGACAGUCAUGCAAAAGAAGCUCGGCGAAGCGACCAGUAAGCUAGCCGAGGCCGAACUCGUGUUAGCUGAAAAACAAGCCGAGUUAGACGAAGCACAGGCUCUUUAUGAUGAAGCAAUGAGAAAGAAACAGAUUCUCUUAGACGAUGCAGAGCGGUGCCGAAAGAAAAUGGAUGCCGCUAGUAGCCUUAUUGACGGUCUAGGAGGCGAAAGAAAACGUUGGACCCAACAAAAUAAGGAGUUCAAAGAGCAGAUUAAGAGGCUUGUCGGUGACGUACUUCUGGGGUCGGCAUUCUUGUCUUACUCCGGACCAUUCAACCAGGAGUUCCGAAACAACCUACUGAAGAGCUGGCAAAAAGAGAUGCGAACCAGAAAGAUCCCGUACUCGUUGGAUUUGAAUCUCAUUGACAUGUUGACAGAUCCACCGACUAUCGGAGAAUGGAACCUACAUGGAUUGCCGAAUGACGAGCUGUCAAUUCAAAACGGAAUCAUUGUAACCAGUGCCUUGAGGUACCCGUUGCUGAUUGACCCGCAAACCCAGGGAAAGAACUGGGUGAAAAAGAAGGAACAUCAAAAUGGCCUGCAAAUUACAUCACUGAAUCAUAAGUACUUCCGAAACCAUCUGGAAGAUGCUCUUGGACAAGGGAAGCCACUGCUGAUUGAGGAUAUAAGUGAGGAGCUGGAUCCUGCAUUGGAUAACAUUCUGGAGAAAAAUUUCUACAAGUCGGGCUCAUCUUACCGGGUGAAAGUAGGAGACAAGGAGCAGGACAUCAUGGACGGAUUCAUGCUCUACAUCACAACCAAACUGCCCAACCCCUCUUACACCCCAGAGAUAUCUGCCCGGACCUGCAUCAUAGACUUCACUGUCACCAUGAAGGGUCUCGAGGACCAGCUGCUAGGAAUGGUCAUCAAUCUCGAGAAAAAGGAGCUGGAAGAGGAGCGAAAUAAACUCAUGGAAGAAGUGACUACCAACAAACGUGACAUGAAACAACUGGAGGACGACUUGCUCAAGCGUCUAACUGAGACCCAGGGAUCCCUUGUCGAUGAUGAGGGUCUCAUUACAGUGCUUCGGGAGACCAAGAAGAAGAGCGAAGACGUCACUCAGAAGCUGCAGGUGGCGGCUGAGACUUCAGUGAAGAUUAACGCAGCGCGUGAAGAGUUCAGACCGAUUGCGUCGCGAGGAAGUAUCAUCUACUUCUUGAUUGUGGAGAUGAGUAAUGUCAACGGCAUGUAUCAGACGUCACUCAAACAGUUCCAGGAGAGAUUUGAGCUCUGCAUUCACAAAGCCGAGAAAAGUCCCAACCCACAUAAACGUCUCGGCAACAUAAUCGAAUUCAUGACUUACAACAUCUGGGCCUACAAGGCACGAGGACUCUAUGAAUCAGACAAACUCCUAUUCACUCUUCUGUUGACCUUGAGAAUCGACAUCCAAUUGGGAAAGGUCAAACCCGAAGAGAUGCAGGUGUUUGUGAAGGGAGGAGCUACCAGGGAUCUGGAGAGCGAAGAAAAGAAGCCUGGAAAGUGGAUUGAAGACGCAGUCUGGCUCAACUUGAUAGAGUUGUCCCAGUUGCAGCACUUCAAGGAUCUAACUGCAUUGAUUCAGAAGAAUGAGAAAGAGUGGAAGCGAUGGCUAGAGAAAGAGGCUCCAGAAGAGGAAGUAAUACCCGACGGACUGGACAAAACACUGGAUACUUUCCAUCGACUUCUGCUGAUUCGCAGUUUCGCUCCCGACCGUACCAUCUCCCAGGCCUGGAAGUACAUUGGAGACUCACAGGGAGAGAAAUACGCCGAUGGCGUGGUAUUGGAUUUGGAGAAGCUUAACGAGGAGUCGACUCCUCGGAGUCCUAUGAUUUGCUUCUUGUCGAUGGGAAGUGAUCCCACUAAUGAUAUCAUGCUCCUCGCUAAGCGGCAUGGAAAAGAGUGUAAAGCCAUCUCCAUGGGUCAAGGCCAAGAAGUACAUGCUAGGAAACUGUUCACGCAGUUCACAACCAAUGGCGGAUGGGUUCUACUGCAGAACACUCACUUGUCACUGGCAUUUAUGGACGAAGUAAUUCUAAUAGUGGGAGAACAGGAGAGCAUGCACCCUGACUUCAGACUGUGGCUGACCACUGAACCACAUCCCAAAUUCCCCAUAACACUGUUGCAGAUGUGCAUCAAAUUCACGAACGAGCCUCCUCAGGGAAUCAAACCAGGUCUCCGGAGAACCUUUUUAGCCUUGAAUCAAGACACCCUGGACUACACAAACGUGUACCAGUGGAAGAUGAUGCUGUACGGCGUGGCUUUCCUGCACACUGCCGUGCAAGAGAGGAGGAAGUUCGGUCCUAUCGGCUGGAAUAUCCCCUACGAAUUCAACUCGGCAGACUUCACAGCCACUGUUCAGUUCGUGCAGAAUCACUUGGAUGACAUGGAUCCCAAAAAGGGAGUACAGUGGGCCACUGUGCGCUACAUGAUUGGUCAGAUCCAAUACGGAGGCAGAGUGACAGAUGACUACGACAAGCGACUACUCGUGACAUUCGCCACCACUUGGUUCAAGGAGGACAUGUUCCAACCCACAUUCAAUUUCCACCGGGGAUACACUAUUCCACAGAACCUCAAGUCAAUUGAGUCUUAUCUGGACUUCAUUUCUACGCUACCGGCUACAGACACACCAGAGGCAUUUGGACUACACCCAAACGCUGACAUUACAUUCCAACGGCAGAGUGCCAAGAACGUUCUGGACACAAUUCUCGACAUGCAGCCAAAAGACAGCGCGGGCACAGGAGGUGAAACCAGAGAGACUGUCGUAUAUAGAAUGUCGCAAGACCUACUUACGAAGUGUCCACCCGAGUAUAUUUCUCACGAGGUGAAAGACCGUCUAGCCAAGAUGGGAAAAGAGCAGCCAAUGAAUAUCUUCCUCCGGCAGGAGGUUGAUAGGAUGAACAGAGUAAUCAAAGCCGUUCGAUCAACGUUGGAGGACUUGAAGCUUGCAAUUGAAGGAACAAUCAUUAUGAACGAGAACCUAAGAGACGCGUUAGACAGUUUGUUCGACGGAAGGAUUCCGGCAACUUGGUUGAAGAUUUCCUGGCAAACAUCGUCGCUGGGCUUCUGGUUCAGUGACCUCCAGCAGAGAAACGAGCAAUUUAGAAGCUGGGUGUUUGAUGGACGACCUAUGCUCUUCUGGAUGACCGGGUUUUUCAACCCUCAGGGCUUCCUCACUGCAAUGCGACAGGAAGUCACACGAGCACACAAAGGAUGGGCUUUGGACAAUGUCAGUCUAACGAAUGACGUUCUUAAAGAUUCGACUGAUUUAAAGCCACCCGCUGAAGGCGUAUAUAUCACAGGAUUAUUCAUAGAAGGAGCGGGUUGGGAUAAGAAAAAUUGUAGACUGACGGAAGCAAAACCCAAAAUUCUUACUGAGCAGAUGCCGGUGAUGCAUUUGAAUGCAAACAUUCAAAUAAAUAGAGAUCCGCGGUUGUAUUCAUGCCCGGUUUACAAGAAACAGAGACGAACCGACCUUAAUUUCAUAACAGCUGUUGACCUCCGAACCGGAAUAAAAGACGGCCCAGACUACUGGACACUGAGAGGAGUGGCAUUAUUAUGCGACAUAAAUUAAACAUUGCAUUCAAAACUUCAAAUUGAUGGAACAGAUCGAUUGAAUUGAAGGAUUUCAAAUGGAGUAUUAUUGCAUGAAAUUAAAAUUUUCAAAAUUA